AUGUCGGACUAUUUUGAUUACAGUAGCGAUGAUACUGAAGAUGAUGAUCAAUAUGGCGACAAAGCAUUCGAAAAUAAUCAAUAUGAUGAAGACGAUUUCUAUCAUUCGGAUGAUCAAUACAGCGGAAGAAAUCAAUUAUCUGAUUAUGUGAGUGAAGGUACAAAUCAAACUGAUUCUGAAGAGGAAUCAUUCAAUAGUAAUGUUGUUGACUCGCCCGGUGGGAGAACCGAGUUGUGGAAACCUAUUGUUCCUAAAGAAUUUAUGCCAGAUGUAGAUGCUACUUAUCAAUCAUUAGAGGAGGCGGUCGAAAUGUAUAAAUUAUAUGCAAAUAAAGCAGGUUUUGGUGUCAGGUUAAAUACAGUAAUGAGGUUUGGUGACAAAACCAUUAAAAAAAGGUAUUUAGUGUGCAACAAAAUGGGUAAAAUACCUAACAUAUCAACUAACACUUUGGAUCCUGAGGUUUUAGCCGAUUUUUUGAAAAACAUUGAUUUUCGAAAGCGUUUUACUAAGCUUGUUUCGAAUGUUUACAUCGAGCCUGAAGUCUUUGAAUCAUGGUGGAAACUGCUUAUGAGAAAAUUCAAACUACAGGACAAAAGAUGGUUCAAAGACAUGUACAGGGAUUGA